AUGGUGCACAUUGCCAGGCCGCUGUUGCUGCUCCUUGCUCUCUUCCUCCACGCGGACGCUGAGACACCUCCAAGGUUUACAAGAACUCCCGUUGACCAGACAGGGGUCUCUGGUGGAGUUGCCUCUUUCAUUUGCCAAGCUACAGGAGACCCAAGACCUAAAAUUGUCUGGAAUAAAAAAGGAAAGAAAGUCAGCAAUCAGAGAUUUGAGGUAAUAGAGUUUGAUGAUGGAUCUGGAUCAGUUCUCAGAAUACAACCCUUACGGACUCCACGGGAUGAGGCCAUUUAUGAAUGUGUGGCCUCAAAUAACGUGGGAGAAAUAAGUGUAUCCACCAGACUCACAGUUUUGCGUGAGGAUCAAAUCCCCAGGGGCUUCCCUACAAUUGACAUGGGCCCACAGUUGAAGGUGGUUGAGCGUACACGCACUGCCACCAUGCUUUGCGCAGCCAGUGGGAAUCCGGAUCCAGAAAUAACUUGGUUUAAAGAUUUCUUACCUGUCGACACAAGCAACAACAAUGGCCGAAUUAAGCAGUUACGAUCAGAAUCUAUUGGUGGUACACCAAUAAGAGGCGCCCUUCAGAUCGAACAGAGUGAAGAAUCUGACCAAGGAAAAUAUGAGUGUGUUGCCACCAACAGCGCGGGCACUCGCUAUUCUGCCCCUGCCAAUUUAUAUGUCAGAGAGCUGCGAGAAGUUCGCCGUGUCCCACCAAGAUUCUCUAUCCCACCUACUAAUCAUGAAAUCAUGCCAGGUGGAAGUGUUAAUAUCACCUGUGUGGCCGUGGGGUCACCAAUGCCUUAUGUGAAGUGGAUGUUGGGGGCAGAAGAUCUGACACCCGAAGAUGAUAUGCCAAUAGGAAGAAAUGUACUAGAACUGAAUGAUGUGAGACAGUCAGCAAAUUACACCUGUGUUGCUAUGUCAACACUGGGUGUCAUUGAAGCAAUAGCACAGAUCACUGUCAAAGCCUUACCCAAACCUCCAGGAACUCCUAUAGUGACUGAGAGCACAGCCACAAGCAUCACGUUGACAUGGGACUCUGGGAACCCUGAGCCUGUCUCUUACUACAUCAUUCAACAUAAACCUAAAAAUUCUGAGGAACCUUACAAAGAAAUUGAUGGGGUGGCAACGACACGUUACAGUGUCGCUGGACUAAGUCCCUACUCGGAUUAUGAAUUCAGGGUUGUUGCUGUCAAUAACAUUGGGCGGGGACCUCCCAGUGAGCCUGUGCUAACGCAAACCUCAGAACAAGCACCAUCCAGUGCCCCACGGGAUGUCCAGGCGCGGAUGUUAAGUUCAACCACCAUUUUGGUACAGUGGAAGGAGCCUGAAGAACCAAAUGGACAGAUCCAAGGAUACAGAGUUUAUUAUACAAUGGAUCCCACUCAGCACGUCAACAACUGGAUGAAGCAUAAUGUAGCUGACAGCCAAAUCACUACUAUUGGCAACUUAGUGCCCCAGAAAACAUAUUCUGUCAAAGUUCUGGCUUUUACCUCAAUUGGAGAUGGUCCUCUUUCGAGUGACAUACAAGUCAUCACUCAAACAGGAGUUCCAGGGCAACCACUAAACUUCAAAGCAGAACCUGAGUCUGAAACAAGUAUUUUGCUAUCUUGGACACCUCCACGUUCAGACACCAUUGCCAACUAUGAACUGGUCUACAAAGAUGGGGAGCAUGGAGAGGAGCAACGGAUUACCAUUGAGCCAGGGACAUCUUAUAGACUGCAAGGGCUGAAACCCAACAGUUUGUACUACUUCCGUCUGGCCGCACGCUCUCCUCAAGGCCUGGGUGCUUCCACGGCUGAAAUAUCAGCCAGAACCAUGCAGUCAAAGCCGUCAGCUCCUCCUCAAGACAUUAGUUGCACCAGCCCAAGUUCCACUAGUAUUUUGGUAAGUUGGCAACCUCCACCAGUGGAAAAACAGAAUGGCAUUAUUACUGAAUACUCCAUCAAGUACACCUCAGUGGAUGGAGAAGAUGACAAACCUCAUGAAAUUUUGGGCAUUCCUUCGGACACUACUAAAUACCUUUUGGAACAGCUGGAAAAAUGGACUGAGUACCGCAUCACUGUGACAGCCCACACAGACAUCGGCCCCGGCCCCGAGAGCUUCUCCGUGUUGAUUCGAACUGAUGAAGAUGUUCCUAGUGGUCCUCCUCGCAAAGUCGAGGUAGAGGCUGUCAACUCAACAUCUGUUAAAGUCUCAUGGCGCUCACCUGUGCCCAAUAAACAGCAUGGCCAGAUAAGAGGAUACCAGGUGCAUUAUGUGAGGAUGGAAAAUGGUGAGCCCAAGGGCCAGCCCAUGCUGAAGGAUGUCAUGCUGGCUGAUGCACAGUGGGAAUUUGAUGAUACUACUGAACAUGACAUGAUUAUUUCUGGGCUACAGCCUGAAACUUCCUACUCCCUCACUGUCACAGCCUACACCACCAAAGGAGAUGGUGCUCGCAGCAAGCCCAAACUGGUGUCCACUACUGGGGCAGUUCCAGGAAAACCCCGGCUUGUAAUUAACCACACUCAGAUGAAUACUGCUCUCAUUCAAUGGCACCCCCCUGUGGACACAUUCGGACCUCUUCAGGGCUAUCGUCUAAAAUUUGGGCGGAAAGAUUCAGAACCACUCACUACUCUUGAGUUCUCUGAGAAAGAAGAUCACUUUACAGCUACAGACAUCCAUAAAGGAGCAUCAUAUAUCUUCAGGCUCUCAGCCAGAAACAAAGUGGGCUUUGGGGAAGAGAUAGUGAAGGAGAUUUCUGUUCCAGAAGAAGUCCCAACUGGAUUCCCUCAAAACCUCCAUUCAGAAGGCACCACUUCAACCUCUGUCCAGUUAUCCUGGCAGCCACCUAUCCUAGCAGAGAGAAAUGGCAUCAUCACCAAGUAUACUCUUCUGUAUAGGGAUAUCAACAUCCCUCUUCUCCCAGUGGAGCAGCUUAUUGUUCCAGCUGAUACCACUAUGACACUGAGUGGCUUAAAACCAGAUACCACAUAUGAUGUAAAAGUACGUGCUCACACGAGCAAAGGGCCCGGGCCAUAUAGUCCCAGUGUCCAGUUCAGGACACUGCCUGUGGAUCAAGCAGUGUUUGCAAAAAAUUUUCAUGUCAAAGCAGUAAUGAAGACUUCAGUGCUGUUGUCUUGGGAAAUUCCAGAAAAUUACAAUUCUGCCAUGCCUUUCAAAAUUCUUUAUGAUGAUGGGAAAAUGGUUGAAGAAGUUGAUGGCCGGGCUACCCAGAAACUAAUUGUGAACUUGAAGCCUGAGAAGUCAUAUUCAUUUGUGCUAACAAAUCGUGGUAAUAGUGCUGGUGGGCUGCAACACAGGGUAACAGCAAAGACUGCACCAGAUGUACUACGUACCAAGCCUGCCUUCAUUGGGAAGACCAACCUGGAUGGCAUGAUUACUGUACAACUGCCUGAAGUACCCGUAAAUGAGAAUAUAAAAGGUUACUACAUAAUAAUUGUGCCUUUGAAGAAAUCUCGCGGGAAAUUUAUCAAGCCAUGGGAGAGUCCAGAUGAGAUGGAGUUAGAUGAGCUGCUUAAAGAGAUAUCUAGGAAACGCAGAAGCAUCCGAUAUGGGAGAGAAGUUGAAUUAAAGCCAUAUAUUGCUGCUCACUUUGAUGUUCUUCCUACUGAGUUCACCCUGGGGGAUGAGAAACAUUAUGGUGGAUUUACAAACAAACAACUCCAAAGUGGUCAAGAAUAUGUCUUCUUUGUGUUAGCAGUGAUGGAACACGCAGAGUCUAAGAUGUAUGCAACCAGUCCCUACUCUGACCCUGUUGUGUCAAUGGAUCUGGAUCCACAGCCAAUCACAGAUGAAGAAGAAGGCUUGAUCUGGGUUGUAGGUCCUGUCCUUGCGGUGGUCUUUAUCAUCUGCAUUGUCAUAGCUAUCCUUCUUUAUAAAAGUAAACCUGACAGGAAGAGGGCAGAGUCUGACUCUAGAAAGAGCAGCAUACCCAACAGUAAGGAGGUCCCUUCACACCAUCCAACAGACCCAGUAGAACUGAGGCGCCUUAAUUUUCAAACACCAGGUUCAGAUGAUUCCGGUUACCCUGGUAACCUUCAUUCUUCAAGUAUGGCUAGCCAUCCUCCAAUUCCUAUCUUGGAACUUGCAGAUCACAUUGAAAGGUUGAAAGCAAAUGACAACUUGAAGUUUUCCCAGGAAUAUGAGUCAAUUGACCCUGGCCAGCAGUUCACAUGGGAACAUUCAAACUUGGAAGUAAACAAACCAAAGAAUAGAUAUGCAAAUGUAAUCGCAUAUGAUCAUUCCCGGGUUCUCCUAUCAGCAAUAGAAGGCAUCCCAGGAAGUGACUAUGUGAAUGCCAACUACAUAGAUGGGUAUAGGAAACAGAAUGCCUAUAUUGCAACACAGGGAUCUCUCCCCGAAACAUUUGGGGACUUUUGGAGGAUGAUAUGGGAGCAACGGAGUGCAACAGUUGUGAUGAUGACAAAACUAGAAGAACGAUCCAGGGUGAAGUGUGACCAGUAUUGGCCCAGUAGAGGCACAGAAACCCAUGGGCUGGUCCAAGUGACGCUUCUAGAUACGGUGGAGUUGGCCACGUACUGUGUGCGGACUUUUGCACUUUACAAGAAUGGGUCAAGCGAGAAGAGAGAAGUAAGACAAUUCCAGUUCACUGCCUGGCCUGAUCACGGUGUUCCAGAGCACCCUACGCCUUUCCUAGCUUUCUUACGGAGAGUCAAAACCUGUAACCCUCCAGAUGCAGGACCCAUGGUUGUGCACUGCAGCGCGGGAGUUGGCCGGACGGGUUGUUUCAUCGUAAUAGAUGCCAUGUUAGAAAGAAUAAAGCAUGAAAAAACUGUAGAUAUUUAUGGCCAUGUAACUUUAAUGAGAGCCCAGAGGAAUUACAUGGUUCAAACAGAAGACCAAUACAUCUUUAUCCAUGAUGCACUGCUAGAAGCAGUGACUUGUGGAAAUACCGAAGUGCCAGCUAGAAACUUGUAUGCCUACAUUCAGAAGCUGACACAAAUAGAAGCAGGAGAGAAUGUCACAGGAAUGGAGCUUGAAUUUAAGCGUCUAGCCAGCUCUAAAGCUCACACCUCAAGAUUCAUCAGUGCCAAUCUUCCAUGUAAUAAAUUCAAAAAUCGCCUUGUUAAUAUUAUGCCAUAUGAAUCUACGAGGGUAUGCCUGCAGCCUAUCAGAGGGGUAGAAGGAUCUGAUUACAUCAAUGCCAGUUUUAUUGAUGGAUACAGACAACAGAAAGCCUACAUCGCUACCCAGGGGCCCUUGGCAGAGACCACUGAAGAUUUCUGGCGGAUGCUUUGGGAACACAAUUCCACCAUUGUCGUGAUGCUCACCAAGCUGCGUGAGAUGGGCAGAGAGAAAUGUCACCAAUACUGGCCAGCAGAACGAUCUGCAAGAUACCAAUACUUUGUUGUAGAUCCCAUGGCUGAGUACAACAUGCCACAGUAUAUCCUGAGAGAAUUCAAGGUCACAGAUGCCAGGGACGGUCAGUCCCGAACAGUGAGGCAGUUCCAGUUCACUGACUGGCCAGAACAAGGAGUGCCAAAGUCUGGAGAAGGAUUUAUUGACUUCAUUGGCCAAGUUCAUAAAACAAAAGAGCAGUUUGGCCAAGAUGGGCCCAUUUCAGUCCAUUGCAGUGCGGGCGUUGGAAGAACUGGAGUCUUCAUAACACUAAGCAUUGUUUUGGAAAGAAUGAGAUAUGAAGGAGUUGUAGAUAUCUUCCAGACUGUCAAAAUGUUAAGAACACAACGACCAGCCAUGGUACAGACAGAGGACCAGUACCAGUUCUGCUACCGAGCCGCACUGGAGUACCUGGGCAGCUUUGAUCACUAUGCAACGUAG